CAUAAAAUGGCCGAAUUGAGAGGUAUAAUAUGAUAAAACAUUUCUAGUUAAAACUUGUUCCACAGUUAAUCUUCAAAAUCCGCGCCAAAUUUCGAUUGGGGUGGAUUUGAAUCGCAAUUACGGAUAUAAAUGGAGCCAAGAGGGUUGCGAAAAUAAUCCAAAUGAAGAACAAUAUUGUGGAACACAUCCCUUUUCCGAACCCGAAACUGAAGCAGUUUGUUGCUUCUUCAAUAAAACCAAAGAACAUUUUUGUGCAUUCCUCACCUUCCACAGUUUUGAUCAAGAGCUAAUUAUCGCAGCAAUCACUGAUAAUGCAUCGGCUAUUCCACGUCUUAUUGCUACAGGUGCAAAUAUUAGUGCGUCUGAUAAUCACGGAAUGACAGCGAUUCAUUGGGCUGCUGAAUAUGGCCACCAUGAAGCUGCAAAAGUGUUAAUUGACAGAGGUGCACGUAUCGAUGCCCAAGAUUUCUUCUUCAAUACACCCCUUCACAUCGCAUGCAGUCAUAACCAUCUAAAAAUGAUAAAGCUGCUUUUAGAAAAUGGUGCCGACUUUACUGCAGUUAAUUUAGCAAAACAUACUCCAAUUAGUUUGAGUACGAUCAAGGAUGAAUUCAAACCAAUUUUAAUUAAAAUGAGAAAAAAGGGAAGAGACUUUAUUGAUGCAGUAAAAAAAGGUAAUAUUGAGUUGGCUCAACAAUUUAUCGAUCAACGAGUGAAUAUUAAUAUCAGAUAUACUGGGAUCAGUCCCAUCAGCGAGGCACUCAGAAGUGAUAAAAGAGAGCUUGUUGAAUGGCUCAUUAAAAAGGGAGUCAAAGAAUAUAAAUUUCCAUUUGGACAGAGUCUACGUGAAAAGGCUGCAGCCAAAGGCAUAGAAGUGCCUGACGGCAUUGAGACGGACAGAGCGUUAGUUUUACGGGAGGCAGAAAAAAAGAUUCACGAGUGGCUUCAAGAAAAUCCGCCACAAAAAGAAAUUGAAAAACUACAAAAGCAAAAUGGUCAUGCAUUAACGUGGAAAGCUUAUCAUCGUCUUGAGGAUAUCUAUUCAUUUUUAAAAUAUUUGACGGAAAAACAUGGCAGCCUGUGUAAACUGUCAACCAUUGGAACAACACAUGAAGGACGACCACUCAAAGUUUUGAGAAUUUCGAAUGGAAAUCCUAUGAACAAAGCAAUUUGGAUUGAUGGUGGCAUACAUGCGCGUGAAUGGAUUAGUCCAGCGGCCGUAACGUACAUUGCAAAUGAUUUGGUGAGGAAUUGGAACAAGCAGCCUGACCAUAUUCAAAACUUGAAUUGGCACAUUUUGGCCGUUCAUAAUCCAGAUGGUUAUGAAUUUUCACACCAAAAUGGCAAUCGAUUUUGGCGUAAGAAUCGCAACCCAAAUGAAUGCAGUGGAUGUGCAGGAGUAGAUUUAAACCGAAACUACGAUGGACAUAAGUGGGGUGGAGAAAAGGAUCCAUGCGAAGAAGAUUAUUGUGGAAAAAAAGCUUUUUCCGAACCAGAAUCUGAAGCAGUUCGCAGAUUUUUCAACACAACCAAAGAAGAUUUUUAUGCAUUCCUCACCUUCCACAGCUUCGGACAAUAUAUUUUGUAUCCGACUGAUGAAAACAUGUCACUAGCUCAUUUUGAGUCUUUGUGCAGUAUUGGUCAAGAGGCCGUACAACACAUGAAAGCGAUUAAUAAUCAAACCUACACAAUGGGAUGUGAUUUUUCACAAAUAGCAGUUUCUGGUUCUUCGGAAGAAUGGGCCGCAAGUAUUGGAAUCAAAUACUCUUACACCAUCGAAUUGCGCGACAGAGGUCGAUAUGGUUUUCUUUUACCUGCCAGUCAAAUCGAACCAACGGCCAAAGAAGCGCAAGCAUUUGUUCGCACCAUAUCGAAGGCAAUAUUUGAAGAUGUUCAAUUAAAUGAAUUAAAGAAAGAUUAUAGCGAAUAAACCAUAACCCGACUGCAAGAAAAGCAUGGAUUUUAAUCAAAUAGUACUAGUAUUUUUUUUUAUAUACGUCAGUCAUAUUUACAUCAAUGCAAAUAA